AUGAAGCUUUCCGCUGCUCUCCUCGCCACUCUCCUCUGCUCUGCGUCCACCAGCGCGCAGUACUUCUCCCAGGGAUGGAACCCUGGCCAGGCUGUCCUGAACAACGAGCCCAACGCCGUCCCUGCACAUGCGUUCGACGCCCCAGCGAAGAAGGAGCCUGCGCCUGCGCCGCCCCCGCCCCCGCCCGCGGCGCAGGGCGACGAGAAACCCUCCAUGCAGCGUGAGCCGACCAUCAUGGACAAGGUCUUGCUUUCUGGGCCUGUCUCCGGCUUCAUGGGCAGGUUUGGAUUCAACGCGACAGACUUAGUCACCCGUAGCGGGAAGUUGCCGUGGGACCCUCGGAUACCGUUCAUCACGGACGAAAACUGGCAAGACAUAAUCGUGAACGAGCAGUUGACUGAGGAGGAAGAGAAGAAGAGGGGAUGGUUUCUUGUCAUAACCGUCACGGCAUCGGGUAACAGCGCCGUGUCGAAGAUGGUCGAUGAGGCAUUCGACGACGCGUUCAACACCACCCUCGCUGCAGGAGAUCUUCUUGACCUUAAGUGGGGACGGAUUGACUACAUCGCGACGACGUACCUCACGACCAAAUGGGCCAUCUGGACUGGACCUUACCUCGUCCACGUCAUGGACCGCGGACAGACGCUGCGUUUCUACAGAGCGGAUCGCGUUCGCGUCACUGCGGACAUCAUUCGUGAGCUCCUCACCGAGGAGAUCUGGCGCAACACGGAACCUUGGUCAUCCAACUUCGCUCCUGGAGGCAAACGGGAAUGGAUUAUGGAGUUUAUCGCGUAUUACUACUGGAGGAUCUACACCGUCAUGGACAAAACCCCCCGUUUCCUCUUGAUGAUCGUUUCCGGCGCAGUGGCAAGCUUCGUCAUGCGCUUCCUCCAUAAACCAUCCCCGGAAGGUGCUCAGCAACCAGCACCCCAACCGAACCGUGCAGCUUCCGCCGCAAAGUCAACUUCCGAGUCAAUCGCAGGGAGCAGCACCGCCGUUGCAUCGGAUGUCUCAGCAAGUCCCAGCAAGUCUAAAGCAAAGUCACGGAAAGCUGCAAAGAAGUAA